UGCGUACUGAGCACCGGCAUACACACCAAAUCAAAACAUUCGAGAGACUGAGCUGUAAACAAGGCGACAUUGAGCGAAACGUGUGCGAAAAUUUGAAGAUUUGUCCAGAGACUUGGUGAAUUUUGUUCUUGUAAUGAGAACAGAAGCAUUUACGCAAUCUGGAAACUGCAAUAAUAAGCUAGCGAUUAUUAUAGAAUGGAGAGGAAAUCGAAUUUCGGGGACUUUUCCUCAAGGGUUCUUUUUUAAGGCCGUUUCAAAUUCCUACCUCAACUUGACGAGUUAUCAUUGUCGGAUUUCGGAAGUAACGUCCGAGUCUGCAAUCAUCUAGUAUUUCCCUAUCCAUUGUUUGGAGAGAAGUUGUUGUCAUAUCAUAAUUAUUGAUGAGCGUGAAAAGUUGUUAGUAACAAACGAGCAAAGAUGUCAUCGUUAGAGAGCGAAGAUUGUGACUUUGAUGGGAACAUCGCUUUGUUUCCUAUGACAGACUGUGGAAGCUUUGAAGAAUCAGAGUUAGACACGCAUAGUAGUAUCAGUGAGAACGAAUCUAACAGAGACGCCUCAGACGAAAAUGAAAGUGACGAAGAAGACAAAGGUCGUGAUGACAGGUCUAAAGCUUUCCUUACUCUUCGGCAGAGAAGAUUGUCCAGAGCUUUGGCCACAUUUGAAAAUCUCAAAGUCAACAUCAAUAGAGCCCAAAGAAAUUGGUUAAAUGCCAUCAGGAAAGCGAGACAUAUGGAUGACCCCUGGGAGAAGUUUCACUUGGACGAAUAUCCAGUGGAAGUUUGUUUCAGGCAUCGUUACAAUGCUCUCAGAAAAGCGUGGUUGACGGAUGAAGUCAAAGUGAAGAUGGAGAAGAAGCCUUUCAACAGAGGUGCAAUGAGAGAGUGCUUCAGGCUUAAGAAGUUGUCAAGCUAUGUGGGUGCGGAAAGUUGGAACCACACUCACAACUUUGUCGCGAAACGUUACAUGGAAGCAGUGGAACGGGACGUCUAUUUCCAGGACGUGAAGCUGCAAAUGGACGCCAAACUGUGGGGGGAAGAGUACAGCCGACACAAUCCACCCAAAAAGGUGGAUAUAUUCCAGAUGUACAUUCUUGAGUUCAAGAACCGACCAGAUUCACCGCUGUACCAUUGCGAGCAUCUGAUCGAGGGCAACUAUAUCAAGUAUAACUCAAACUCAGGAUUUGUGGACGCUAAGCUGAGAAAUACACCACAGGCUUUUAGUCACUUCACGUUUGAGCGGUCCGGCCACCAGAUGAUCGUGGUAGACAUUCAGGGCGUGGGCGAUCUCUACACUGACCCCCAACUCCACACAAUUGAUGGAAAAGAUUACGGUGACGGGAAUCUUGGCGCGAAAGGCAUGGCGUUGUUCUUCUACAGUCAUGUUUGCAAUGAUAUCUGUCAUAGCUUGGGCUUGACACAGUUCGAUAUCUCCGAGAACGAGACAAAGAUGCAGAAUGACAAUGAAAAGAUGGCGGCCAUGGUAGCGGCUUGCACAAUGGCGCGGGGAAAUGAAGAACUUUGUCAAACCCCAUCUCCGGGAGAAAGUAUCGAUAUCACCUUGGUGUUAAAACGUCAACGAUCCACGUCACAGAGUGAUUCUGGAUUUGACGGGAUGUUAACUCCCUUGGAUGAGGAGCCAAUGUCACUGGAGACCGGGUCACCGAUCCGCAGUCCAGCCUAUCAGAGAAUGCGAGUGCGCUACUGUAGCGAGUCAGAGAGCUCAAUUACUUCAACGCAGGGUGAGAGGCGAGAUUCAUUGCUGCAUCAAAGGGAGGAGGACAUCCGAAACUUCCAACUGCAGAUACAACAGAGGCACCGACCCUCGUGCGUCGCUCUGGAGAAGGACCUGCGUAAGGCUAACUUCACCAGCAAAUUCAAUGAUUCGGCACUUGGGAAGAUUCACCACGAGAUGGCAAAGUAUCAUGAGGUCGGUCGAUUCUGUGACAAGAAAGAUGCUGACAUUGACUGGGACUCAGCCCUCUUCCACGAGAUUCAUGCUGCUGAGCUCGGGGAGCUAGAGGCCAUCCUGACAAUGGCAAAACUCUACCUCGGCAUGGAGAGGGACGUUCUCAUAAACUGUGUUGUUGCGGAAGAUGAGGACAACGUAGAGCUUGGUUUUGACUACAUGGUGCAAGCAGCUGACGCUGGAGAUCGGGGAGCCAUGAUCUAUGUUGCUAAGGCGUUUGCGACUGGCCUGAACCUUGGAAAGAGAAGGGAGAUGUCGUGGGAAGAUGCUAUCCACUGGUAUGACGAGGCCUUGACCUCAAUGAAUGACAAUGAUGAGGGUGGAGAGUACGAUUCCACCAUGUACGACCCUCCGUUCACAAUUAUGGCGAACAUGGCGGAAAUGUACUUGGCAGGCGGACAUGGGCUCGAGAAAUCGCCUGAACGUGCAGCGGAGAUGUACAACCAGGCAGCCGAGUCAGCUAUGGAAGGGAUGAAAGGACGCCUGGCCAGCAAGUAUUACGCCCUCGCUGAGGAGGCAGGUGCCCUGUGUGAGGCAGAGGAAGAGUAACGAGGUGAAGUGUAGUGAAAUGAAGUGUAGCGAGGUGAAGUGUAACGAGGUCAAGAGUAGUUUGAAGGAGAGUAGCGAGAAGGGGUCUGGUGCUGUCACCUGUAUUCUGAUCAUCGACUUUCAAAACCUAUCCUAUGUCAACAACAUAUGUCCGAUAAUCUGGAGAAGGCUUAUCAUUACACAUCCUGAACAAACUUUAUUGUCAUGUACAUAAAGAUAACUGGUGCCCAUUGUGUCUUCAUUGAAAACAACUGUCCUGUCUUCUGAACAAAGACUUUAGGAAGAGUUGUGAGAUAGAAUCACAUACCUGUUCAUGACUUUGGAACAAUAGUUGAUGUAAGGUCAGGUAGCAGAGAGCCCAUGUGACUUAGUUGUAGAAGUGGUAGUAGAGACAAUGAAUGUAUGUGUUGAAAAGGAUUACAUUCUGGUUGAGGGGUCACAUGUCUCAUUUGUGGAAUGAUUUGAACAUGUUUGUGUAUAUCUACGAAUGGUCAGAUUGUGACAACUGUAACGUCUGUGAGUUAACUAUACAUAUGCCAAGAAUAAAAUGUCUUUCUUUGGACAUUACCUGUAACUGUGUACUCAAGACUUAGUCAAUGUUUGAUGAAACUCCUCGGAUCGGAAACUUAGGUCAACAACUGGCAAGACUUAGUUUGAAUUAAUUUCAGACUCACAAUUAAUUUCAGACUCACAAUUAAUUUGAGACUCAACCAACUUGGGAAUUUCUUUGACGACUAUGACAGAUUUAUAGAGAAUUUGACACCAAAAUAAUCAUCAGUUUGUCAAAACCCCCAUUUUUUGUGGGAUACCGAUCAGAUAGAGUAUAUGACACCAAUAUAAUCAUCAGAUUGUCAAAACCCCCAUUUUUUGUGGGAUACCGAUCAGAUAGAGUAUAUGACACCAAUAUAAUGAUCAGAUUGUCAAAACCUCCAUUUUUUGUGGGACAACAAUUGUUUAAACAUUUAACCAAUUUCAACCAAACAUAAUCAUGUAUAUCUAUAUGUUGGACGUUCUAAAAAAAGAAAGAAUGGCAAAUCAUACAUACAGAGGAUCAGUGCUAGAUACAGUUAGGUGCAGUCAAUGUUUAUUAGCUAUUACCAGCUUAUAUACGCAGAAAUAAAUCUGUAUAUAUCAUAUACCCAAGACGUUUCAACUGUGGUGACAACUAGUGAAACCAUUUACUGACUUCGAGACAGUGUUAUGGUUGCUAUUGGCUGUUUCCACAGAGAAUUGACGAAUGCUGUAGUUUGCUGUUGUAUUUAUAACUCAAAUAGUUUUGUAGUCUUUGAUUGCUAUCUUACUUCAUACGAAAUAGAUAGUGGUUUAAGGUAAUCAGAUAUUGUGUUUCUUAAAUUGUGUUUGAAGUUUUUUUUGUAAAUAUUUCUUUGUAUUGUGUAUUACUAUGUACCGUAAUCUUCGUGUGGGUUUUUAAAUGAUUUGUGAUAUGGAUUGUUUAAAGCAUUACUUUUUUGUGUUCAGUUAAAGUUCAUAUUAUUUUUGGGUGGCAAAAACUGUUAAAAAUAAAAAUUGAUUGGAUUUGGCCUUCCCCAUUUAUUGAUAUUUUUCUUCAAACAUUUUUGCUCAGUUUAAACCACUAGUCGAAUUGUUGAAGUACCAGAGAUCUCUAUUAAUGAUCGAACUGGAUAAUACUACUUAAAUGGCAAAACAUUAUUAACAGGAAAAUCAUGAAUAGAGUGAUUAUUAGUAAUUUGUGUUUUUACUUGAAAAUAUUUGUCCGUUUUAUAAUCCUUGUGUGACAAAAAAUGAUUUUGUGAUAAUGUUUUGAUUGUUCAAGAUGAAAUUUAUUAUCAUGUUUGUAAAUACUCAUUUUUGCUUGAGCUUGAUAGUAAUUUCAGGUUCUUUAUGUUGAUGCAUUGAUUCCAUAUUAAUUUUUUUUUUUGAUGGAUUUCAAUUUCAAUGUGGUAAGCUUUGUACAUUCCGCAAUUUUGCUCAUUAAUUUCAUCAUCUCUUUCCAAUCAUUGUUUAAGAAGAAAACAAAAUGCAUUUAACAGAUAUUUUUUUCUUUCAACAUUUCUUUUCUAAAUGCAACAAAUGGUUUUUAACCAUACUUAACUUGUGUAAGGCUUUUGUCUAAGGUUUACUGUUUUAAUGGGAAUUUAGUGGAUUAUGAAGUCAAUUAUCAGUACUAAUUUACAAAAACAAAAUCAAAAUUGUUAUGAAAUUUGAUUCAACUUCUGAUAUUAGAUUAAUGAAAUUUGAUUCGACUUCUGAAGUUUGAUUUGACUUCUGAUACUAGAUAAUGAAAUAAGAGACAACUUCUAAAAAUAGGUUAAUAAAAUAUGAUAUGAAUUCUGACAAAAGGUCAUUUUUUUCUAACUGGUUCGUGGCUUAUUUUAAGUGUAUAAUGCUUUUCAUGUAAAUGUAUAAGCUUACCAUUUCUAGGUCGUUUUGGUGUAACCAAAUGUUUGUCUUGUAUAUAUUUUCAAAGAACAGAAUCAUUGCUGGAUACUAUAGGGCAUCUCAUGUACAGUAUCUGUAUGGAUGUAGUGUGGUGGUUGUGUGGUGGUUGUAUGCAGGUUGUGUGGUUGUGUGUUACAUUAUAAACUACAUGACUCUUUAAACAAACAGCUAUGUAAAUAUUUGCUUCAAUGGUCUCAUAUUUUAUAUAUUUUUGUAGAUUAUUAUAAACCCUGGUAACAUGGUAUGUCCCAUUUUUUCUAUUUUUAUUAUAUACAUGUAUGUAGAGGUGUUUUUGUUUCUCAAAACCUUGUUGAAAAAACGCAUUUGCAAAUGACUUUUUUCCUUUAAAUUUUAUUGUGUAAUUUCUUUGUUAUCGUUUUUCAUUAUUCUUUUUACUAUUUACUGUUAUGCACUUCUUUAUGCAAUAAAAAAUGAGCUUCUAUAUGUAACCAUUAUUCAAUUUUUUAUUGAUCUGCUGAAUAAUUAAAUGGAUUUUCCUCACUAGGUGCUGUUUUGUAGUAUUUUUGUACUUAAACUCUGUUCACACAAGGAAUGUGGAUGGUCCGUUAUGUAACCAGAAUCGUGACAUUUGUUGAUUAAAACAAUUGAAAAAUUAUUUAUGAAAAUUAAAUAUGAAAAUUUCAUGAUAUUAAAAUAAAAACAAGUUAUUAAGUAUUCUGUGGUUUUCUAAGAUUUUUUUUUUCCAUUCUUUAUUAUUAUCAGCUCACCUGAGGUUUGAUACUUAUGCUGAUAUUUUUGACCUGUUGUAUAUUGUGCAAAAUGUCCAAGACAACUAACCUGCAGUACUGUAAUUGGCUAAUUCAUGCUGUUUUUAUGUGGGAGACCAAGUAACUUACAUUGUAGUUAUUACAACCAUUUUCAUUGACUUUGUAUCAAGCUCUGAUAAGCAGUUUCAAAUAUAUAUUAAACAAAUACAUUCAAAAUGAAAGAAAUCAUUUCAACAAAACAACCAACAAACUGACCCCCUGACAACGGGUUUCAGGUAGUAGUUUUUCAUGAGUAACAAUGAAACCCCUUAUUUAGAUGUCUUGGUUAUAGCUAUCUUGCAGCAUCCGUAAUAGGAAUUGUUAAUUCGUAUAUUUUUCUUUGUCUUUCCCUAAACUUAAAUCUUUGAGUGUAUAAUUUCUCCGUCUUCUUUCUGUCCUAAGUAUCUCAGGUGAACGACUUUGGGUUGGGUUAAAUAUUUUUGUACUUUGCAUAAUGAUUUUCUUGUUGUAUACUCAGAACAUAUAUAAUAUGAUGUUUGUGCAUUAUUUUAUAUUCUUCUUUGUUAUGUUUUUAGAGCUAGCUAUUCUAUUAUUAACUAAGGUGGUUGAUGAUAAGUUUGUUUUCAACAAGGAAAGUAGGUCUUGGAUUAAGAAGGCUUCCUUGUUUUGCACAUAGGUCUUUCAUGUAGGGUAAGAAAGCUUCCUUGAUUGCAUAGACUUCUUUUGCAGGAUUUUUGAGUUGUCCUAACAGUAGUUGAAGGCUUGUUUUUAUAUGGAUUAUGUUUUUUUCAACUAACCUUGCCCUGUGUUUUGGCACACCAUGUUAGCAGUGGCUAUCAUGUACCAUUCGGCGGUAUGUGUUUGGUUUGUAAAUUGUAAUGAAUAUUGAUAUUGAAAUGUUAAAAUACUGGUAAAGCUUUUGACAUUUUAUAUAUAAGAGGAAAAACUCUUGGUACAUAGAGUUAGGGCCCUUGAAAUUGUGAACUGAGAUUUUUAGCUCUGUAUGCUGUGACUUCUACGUCUCUUGAAAUUCAAAGUUAUUGCCCUUGGUACAGAAAAGACUUUUGGGAGUUACCGCCCUUGAUAUCUUUAACAGGCAUUGCACUGUUCAUGUUUCUUGUGUUGAAAUAUGUUAUGCUUGAUUCUGAAUAAAAGUCGAAAAAUUA